AUGAUUUAUAGGAUUCGUCUAUUACGACCUCGGACCUAUCACUGUUGUUCUCUGUCUAUCUAUUUUUUUAUUUCUCGUAAAAAAUAUCUGAUAAUCUGUCAUUUUCGAGUGUCAAAAAAAUCACGAAUGAAAAAAGUCAAAUUGACAAGAAAUGAAAAAAUUACAAAAACAAAAACAAAACAGUCAGAGAACAUAGCGUCUCUAUUAUUGCUCAAAUAUGACAGCAAACUGUAUGAUGAGGAUAAUACUUCACAGCCAACGUCCUGCACAGCACCCAUUAUUCCCAUUGAAGCCACACGCAAGAAGAAGAAAAGAAAGAGAUCUCAAAUUUCUAUUUGCCUGACUAACUGUCGCUAUGAGUCAAUCCGUAAAGUCGCCAGCGCUUUUGGCAUGCGCGAAGUUUCUGAAGAAGACGCUUGGAAUUUCUAUUGGACAGAUAUGAGUGUUUCUGUUGAACGGGCUAAGGAGAUGAAGAGAUUCCAACGUAUUAACCACUUUCCUGGAAUGCUUGAGAUUUGCAGAAAGGAUUUGCUUGCGCGAAAUUUAAACAGAAUGCAAAAAAUCUAUCCCAAAGAAUACAAUUUCUUUCCAAAGACUUGGUGUUUGCCGGCUGAUUUUGGCGAAGCUUUCAACUACAGUAAGGCGCGUAAGAAUAAGACGUUCAUAAUAAAGCCGGAAUGUGGCAGCCAGGGCCGCGGCAUCUAUCUCACUAAGUCUCUCAAAGACAUCAAGCCCACAGAUAAACUUAUUUGCCAGGUAUAUCUGUCAAAGCCGUACCUCGUCGACGGUUAUAAAUUCGACAUUCGGGUGUAUACGCUCAUAACGUCGUGUGAUCCUCUUCGGAUUUUUGUCUACAACGAAGGCCUUGUUAGAUUCGCGACGAGCAGAUACGCGGACCCGAACGUGAACAACACGACCAACGUGUUCAUGCACCUCACCAACUACGCGCUCAACAAGCACAGCCGCACCUACGUCUACGACUCGGAGGCGGGCAGCAAACGCAAGAUAUCGACGCUGAACAAGCUGCUGCUGUCACAAGGUGUGGAUUUGGACCGCCUGUGGCACUCCAUCGACCAAGUCAUCGUCAAGACCAUCAUCUCCGCCUGGCCUAUCCUCAAGCACAGCUACCACGCGUGCUUUCCAUCCCACGACAUGGUCCACGCGUGUUUUGAGAUUCUGGGUUUCGAUAUUCUGUUGGACAACAAACUGCAUCCUUUCAUUUUAGAGGUGAACCACUCUCCAAGCUUCCACACGGACACGCAGCUGGACCGCGAGGUGAAGGAAGGCUUGCUGACGGACACGUUCACCAUGCUCAACAUCUGGCAGUGCGACAAGAAGCGAGUGCUGGAGGAGGACCGCAAGAGGAUCAGGGACAGACUGCUGCAGACCAACAAAUUUGUGGAAUAUGCUCCAACUGAAGAAAAAGAACCGGAAAAGAGUCCGUGGCAGACGCAAAUACAGUGGGAAGAGACACACCUUGGGAACUACAGACGCGUGUAUCCCGUGGGCGAGCUGUACGCGAGCCUGUUCCAGCAGCCGUCGGGCUCGCUGUACACGGGCACGGCCGCGUCGCGCGCGCGCGGCGACUGCACGCGCAUACAGCGCGAGGAGUUCCAGCAAACGAAAGCCAAAGCAGAAGCUCUAAAGAAGCCAUCUCAACCGAAGACCAAAGAAGGAGAGAAGAAGGAGAAAGACGGAGAGGAUGCGCCGCUGACGGCGACAAGCGUCGUAAGCGAGAAGACUCGUCCGCGGACGCGCGAAACGAGACGCAAGGAGAAGGACGACAAGACUAAACUGUCUACGAAAUCUUCGCCACUGCAACAACCAAUAACUCUAAUGCAACCCGAAGUAAAGGAAGAGCCGGUGAAGCCACCGUACGUGCUCUGCUCAUACGAACCCGACCCCAUCGUGGAGAGAGAGGAGCGCGAACGUGUCAACUUGCUGGCGCAGAGAGACUUCCUUAUUAGGAGCUACGGCAUGCUCGAGCAGAUUUAUCUAGUCAUGAAAAAAAUGGGCACAUUACGACCCGAGGACGAACGGAAAUACGGCGUGUAUGGACGACUCUCACUUGUCGCUAACUCGACUAAGAAAGUGUAAAUGUUAUUGUAAAUCCUGCAUAUAUGGCAAAAAAUGUAAAACAAACAGAAUAACAGAAGUAUGGACCAAAUUAUUUUGUAUAGACGACAAAAAAUAUAUUAGAAAAUUGGAUAAAACGAGUGACGAUCCUGAUAUAAGAUAGGGGCGAUUGGCGAUAGGGGAUGGAACCAAUAGAAACUAUUACAGAGGCAAAUGGGACAUUGUGUAGUUAGUGUGUCCACAAUUAUUUAAUACUUAGUGACUGUCAAAAGCAAUAUUAACUUAAAAUGUCAUAGUGGUUACCCCUUUUGCUUGUAUUAAAAUACGUAAAUUCUGGUGAGCUAGAAAUAGCAGGUGUCUAUAAGAA